CUCGGCACGCGCCCCGCAACCUAGAACAUUCUACAUGCCGUUACGACCGCGAUACAAUAUAAUAUUACAGUGUUGGCGUUCAGUCAGAUCACCGUAGAGCAGAGACCGGACAACACUAAAAAAUAGUGCUUAAAAUAAACAAUCAGGCGUACAUGAAUGGCUUUGAUAGGAAAACUUUGGACGUAUCUUUUGGCCAUGUCACUUCCGGCUGCCACGGACCGCUGGAUCGCCGAGGCCGUUGUACUCAAGCGUACCGAGACCACAACAAUGCUACCAGCGAAUGUUGGAGAAUCUAGAAUAACGGGACAAUCGUCGGCAGUGGCAGCCGAUCAUCGGUGUGCGGCUCGUGUACAAGAAGCGUUGGCUGCUGUCAUGGACUCGGCGGGUAACCGGAGACAUACGGGACAAGGACAAGGAGCGGCCGGACCGCCGGUUAUGGAUCUAUCUGGGUAUGCGCUACACCAGCGACUCAGGGCUGCGGGAGGUGCCGAGAUGUACGUGACGGGACUACGGGCCAAAGUAAUGGACGGUGGAGGCCUGUGGGCACGGGUGGAUCCAUCGGCUGGUUGUCGGUACCGGCCAGACAUUGGCAUCUUGGAAGCCCGGAUGCGGUUCGGAAGGCCGUUACAGGUCACAGGUACCGUACGUAUAGUGCAUCCGGACGGCAGGCGGAUCGGCAACGGUAUCGAUGGACCAACGGCGGGCUGUGACAUGGCGGUGAGGCUGAGACCCGGCGGCCGUCGAAUGGGACUCGGGUUCACCGCAGCACCGGUCGGCGGAGGCGGUGGUGUGCAAGGCAACAAUCGACUCGGUUCCAGUAGCACAGCAGGUACCAUGACUAUACGGACGACAGCGGCGUUUGUAGACGAUGCUGCCGAAGACGACCCUGGCGACGAUCUAGGUACAGCCGCAACAGACGAUGGGUCUGGGAUGCCUAUGUUGAGCGUACACGCGUACAACUGCGUCGGCAUGGGACACGGUGGCAGGGAACAGAUGCAAGUGGCGGCCACGGAUGAUGGCGACCGCUAUCAGCAUAUACUAGAUGGCAGCGAAGAGUUGUUGUCGUCCAACGAAGAUGAAGACCGCUUCGGCAUAGACGUUGGAUUCAAUUCGGCGGAAGAUGACCACUAUUCAGCUGAGGCGGACAGCGGUCGUGGCAAUCGAGGAAAACCGGUAAGUCCACCGAAGCAGCCCCCACAGGCUACGACGCCUCCUCCACAGGUGUCGACCGAGUCGCCGCCAAAGGGCACUGCGGGCUUUGUAACGGUCGGCGCAGGACUGGGCGGCCCAGAACCGCGCCUGCGACACGUACAGAUAAACCGACCACGACCUUUGCUGCCGGCUCAACAACACUUUCAACAACAACAACAACAAUAUCCUCAACACGUCCCACAAAUACAUCAAAUACAUCAAUUACCACAACCUCAACAGCCCCAGCAACAGCAACUUUACAAUCAACCUACACCUAUGGCCGACGACCGUCUUAUGAUGGAAAUGGAAGAGGCGUUUGUAAAAGGCGUACGUCGCCUGUUAGCCAGGCACUUGGAACGGGCUGUCCAACCAGCUCUGAGGGACUCGCUUAUGAGGCGUAUGGGAUACGCUGCUUCUUAUGGAUAGGCUCAUAAACAACCAAUACCCAUGUAGUGGGUGUAUAAUCAAACAUGAUUUCGACAUGACUUCAAAUUGGCAAAGGUCUAAAUGAACGAAAUAAUGUAUAUUUUAUAAGCCAGUCGACAAAAUAGUCAUUUUGUAUUAAACGCCACAUUUCAAAAAUACAUAAAUAUAUUAUUUAUACUGUACGUAAAUUAUUUUUAGCUUCGAUGCGUAGCUAAAAAAAUAUUGUUUUUUAAUAAUGUUAAUAUUAUUAUUACUCCUUUUGUCAGUGGUAAUUCAUAUAUUUCAGAUUACUUGCCUACUAGGAGUUGUAGA